AUUCUCCAAAAUGGCCAAGUACUCUGGCAAGAAGUGUCGCCUGCUCUCGAUGAUGUGGCUGACGGCGUUCUUCUUCUUCGUGGAGAUCAUCGUGGGCUAUGUGACGAACUCCAUGGCCCUGGUGGCCGACAGCUUCCACAUGCUGGGCGACAUAGCCGCCCUCGUCAUCUCGUUCCUGUCGGUCAAGAUGUCACCCAAGAAGUGGUCGAAGAACACGUUUGGAUGGGCCCGGGCCGAGGUUCUGGGAGCUCUCGUCAACGCCGUCUUCCUGGUGGCCCUCUGCUUCAGCAUCACCAUCGAGGCGUGCAAACGGUUUAUUGAGGAGGAACCGAUCCACCAGCCCGAACUCUUGGUGAUCGUCGGAGCCUUGGGUCUCCUGGUGAACGUUAUUGGACUUUGUCUGCUCUACGAACACGGCGGUCACCAUGGACACUCGCAUGGCGGGGGCCUCACCCGCAACCACAGCCGCCUCACCGAGCUGGCCAACAUGGACGAGGGCGACGAUGAACAGAACGACUACUCCUACGAGAAGCAGAAGGAGAAGCAGCCAGUGAAGAAGUCCAGCCACGGCCACAGCCACGAUCCCGGCCACAUGAACAUGCGCGGAGCCUUCCUUCACGUCCUCAGCGACGCCCUGGGCAGCAUCAUUGUGGUUAUUAGCGCCUUGGUGGUGUGGCUAACCAAGUGGAAGUAUCGCUACUACAUGGACCCUGCCCUGUCCAUCCUGCUGGUGAUCCUGAUUUUGCACUCGGUAUGGCCUCUGCUGCGGGAAUCGGCCCUGAUUCUGCUGCAAACGGUGCCAACCCACAUCCAGGUGGACGCCAUCCAGAAGCGGCUGCUUGAGAAGGUGGACGGCGUGCUGGCCGUGCACGAGUUCCAUGUGUGGCAACUGGCCGGGGACCGUAUCAUUGCCUCGGCUCAUAUUCGUUGCCGGAAUCUGUCGGAGUACAUGAAAAUCGCCGAGAAGGUCAAGGAGUUCUUCCACAACGAGGGCAUCCACUCCACCACCAUCCAGCCGGAGUUCAGCGAGAUCGAGGGCUGCAACAUGUCCGAUGGCACUUCCAGCAUCAACAUGAGCGGCUCCGAUUGCUGCGCCCUGGACUGUCCCACCACGGAAGAGGGCUGCGUUAAGGCCACCUGCUGCCAGAACAAUAACAAAUUGAAUCAACUGCCCUCGCCCACCAACUCGCCCUACCUGUGCCGCCAGCGCAACGCAGCCCGGCAGGCCGGCGAUUUGGAGGCGGGCUCCCUGCUGGAAGCCACGUCCAGUGGCAAUCAGACUGGCUCCGCCUCCGGUGCGGGUGCUGGGGGGGUGCCCCUGGCUGCCAUUGCGGCGACGUCGACGCCAAAGAGCGAUUUGGUCUGACAACAGCCACACCAGCAGGCGCAACAACAAAUUCACUUUGCCACGACCAAAAAAUCCACAACCGCAACAGGAGGAGCAGCAACCACAACAGCAACAUCCGUACGUGAUAAAAUGCGCGAGCCAAGCGCCAACAACCAAGUGGCUUCCACCGCAGCCGAGAGCCAUCUCUCGGUGACCGCCCAGCGGAGACGGGAGCUUCAGUUGCGGGCCGAACAGCAGUAUCAGGAGCAGGUGUCACCCCUCAGCACCCGCAACGGUGACGAGGUGGCCCUCUAAUCAGGAGCCUAAUUAGUUUAACGUUAAAUCCGUGUAACCGCUGCAAUGGAGACUGGUCUGCCAUGGUGCAGCGUUCGUGUUUUAGUGUUUGUAAUAUUAAAUGUUCUUAGCGGAAUUUUAGGCAUAAACGAGAGUAGGACAAAGGAUCGAAGGACAUGGGGGAUUGGAGUAAAGGUUAUAUCAAACAAAAAAAUCAAAAAGGAAAAAAUUAAAGUUGAGACAACCGGAAAAUCUGAUCCGAGUGCAGUGGGCACAAACUUUAUAGGAUUAUGCAGUUAAUGGAGCGUCAUUCAUAUAUACUAAAUAUAUAGUAUGUUACACCUAUCCGAUGGUAGUUAAUUGCAUUAGUUUAAGUCAGUAAGAGCGCCUAACCAACAGAGCAUACAUAUGUACUACGUUUUUUACAUUUUGAGAAAGUUUAUACAUUAAAGAAAUAAAUUAUUGUAUUCAAUAGUUACCUACAAAUUAGCAAAUGACUAAAGACACUUUACGAACACGCAUAGGUGUGUUUUCAAGUAUGGUUAGGCAUAGUUUCUUAAUCUUAGUAGAUUUAUUAUUGCUAUCUGUAAAAAAGAUGAGUUUUUACCACAAGCGAACUAGUUUCUAUUUAGUUGUAAUCGUAUCAAUCUUUAUAAUGAAUAUACAUUUAAUGCGAACAUCAUGUAUUAUUUUAUGAUCUGCAUUGACUUUCACCUGUAUAUGUUUGUAAAUAAAUGCCAAACAUAAUCAA